AUGACCGACGCCGAGAAGACGCAGCGAACUGCUCGCCAGCACGGCGCUGCACUCGAUGAUCAGGCACCCAUCUCGCAUCUCUACCUUUCAUUCGACUCGGAUCUGCCACUCCCACCAGGCCAGCCGCCGUCGAUUUCGGCUCCCGACUUGAGGCGCUACACAUCUCCAUACACAUGGAGCCAUCCUCACAAGCUAGUCGUCCUUGCCCUGGGAUGUGUUUCGACCUUUCUUACAGCCUACACGGCUGGCUCGUACUCGCCACCAGCGACCUACAUCGCCGCUGACCUUGGGACGACACCUCUGAUCGUGCUCCUGGGCAUCACCACGUUUUGCAUUGGCUUUGCGCUGGCGCCCAUGGUCCUCGCACCCGUCUCCGAGAUCUGGGGCCGCUACCCAGUGCUCGUGGCCGCCGGCGUCUUUUUUUCGGCUUUCCAGAUUGCGUGCGCCCACGCUCCGAACCUCGCUGCCAUGUUCAUGUGCCGUUUUUUGGUAGGCUGUGGCGCCAGCGUCUUCAGCUCCAUUGUUGGCGGGGUCAUUGCCGACGUCUUCAGCAAGGAGGACAGGAAUACGCCCAUGGCGAUCUACAGCGGGUUCGUCCUCGGAGGGACUGGUGCUGGCCCCUUGGUCUGUGCCAGCAUCGUCGAGGCUUUGGGAGACACGUGGCCUUCAGGUGCUUGGAAAUGGUGCUUCUGGCAUCAGGGCAUUGCAGACGGCCUGCUCGUCCUGGCAUUGGCAACUUGUUUUCGUGAGACAAGGGGGUCCGUGCUCCUUUCUCGGAAGGCAAGGAAGCUCAACGAGUGGUAUGACACACUGGAGAAGCAGGGCAUCUAUGGGGUCUGGGUGAAGGACUCGGAACUCACAGCUGGGGCAUCAGCCUCGUCUGCCAAGUCCACCUCGGACGAGAGUAGAACCCUGUGUCGUCUACGCUGGAAAGUACAGGCUGACGAGGAGCGAGGGUCCCUUGGCAGCAUGAUGGCCACGUCAGUAUUGCGACCUUUCUAUAUGCUCGGCACCGAGCCAGUCGUCUUGGCCUUCUCCGUGUGGGCUGCCUUCUCCUGGGCUGUGCUGUACUUGGGGUUCGCAGUGGUCCCAUACUUGCACAGGGGUGACUUCGCAGCGAGCUAUCCCACUUAUGCGGCCAUGAUGGUCGGCGCAGCUCUAGCCACAACUGUGAGCGUCUUUCAAGAACGACUCCUCGAGAACAAGAAGUGGACGGGCGAGGAAAGGACGAUGUCCCUCUUCUGGCUCAUGAUGCGCCGGCGGUUUCCGAGGGAUGCUCCCGAGGCGAGGCUGUACUUUUGCUGCGUCACCGCCUUGCUGCUGCCUAUUGGUCUCUUCGUAGCGUUCAUGCCCAGCCAGACUGCUUUACCUGGUGAUCAGGGCAUUUUGCUCGCCGUGGGCAUCGGUCUGGCCACCUGGGGCAUUUACGUCAUCUACCUUGCCUCGUUCAACUAUACUGCCGAUGCGUACCAUAUCUACGCCUCUUCAGCCCUUGCGGCCAACGGUUUCUGUAGGAAUGUCCUUGGCGGCAGUUUCCCGGUCCUGACAGGGCUGAUGUUUGAUGGCAUGGGCGUCAGGGGUGGAGGCGCCAUGCUGGGCAGCGUGGCGAUCGUGCUCGGCUUCAUCCCCAUUGUGCUCGUUACGUGGGGAGCCAGGAUCAGGUCCCGAAGUAUGAUGGCGACAAUGUUGCAGAAGUCGUAA